CUCUCGUUCCACACCAUCCACUUCUGUUCUUUAUGUUUGUCGAUCUGGUUCGUGUUGGACUAAUAAGACGGACUUCAUCUCUCUUGCAACCCGUCUCAUCCUCGUGUCGUCUGACUCAGGUGAUUGUUUGACUGUUCGGCAGGCUGCCACGCCGUUGGGCCUUGUGCUAUUCCCCACCGCCGCUGUGUUCAGCGAGCUAGUUUGGCCGUGGCAUUUCAGCUGCCAUCGAGCUUCUGUGGACACGCAACCUGCUAAUUGAGUCACUGAUACAUCCAUUUGGGCUCGAAUCAUCUCUCCUCUCAACUCAUAAAAAGACCAUGGACGAUCGCCGAGACAACAUCGGCGGAGGCGGCCGCUAUUACGGUCCUCCACCUCCGGAUCUGUCCAUCGCACCACCGCCCACCAAGAUGCGGCGCAAACCGCGCCGACAGCCUCCCCAGGAGACGGUCAACCAGUUCUGGGACAAGCUGAACCCCCGACACCCCGGCAAAGUCUUCACCCUACUCCCCAACAACCCCUACGCGCGCAACAAGGCGGCCAAGACCCCCCGUGGCACCGUCUCCGGCCAGCGCGCCGCCAAGUCGUACGACGAGGCCCGCGCCGAGUGCGAGAGGGACGUCGACAGGAUCGUCCGGGAGUGCCGUCGGCUGAACCAGAAGUACCGGGACAUGCACUUCGACAUCGAGUGGGAUCUCAAGUCCGGGCAGCGGAACUGUCUCGACGGGCUCAGCACGCCGGGCGAUUCCAUGAAGCCAAAGGGCGUCAAGAGGGUCACGGACAUCUUCGAGAAGCCCCAAUUUUUCAUCAACGGCCCGACUGCUGGUGACGUGCGCCAGGGUCGUGAUGGAGAUUGCUAUCUGAUGGCGGCACUGUGUGGUUUGGGCAAUAUGGAAGGAUUGAUCGACAGGGUUUGUGUCAAACACGACCACCCAGACGUCGGUGUUUACGGCUUUGUCUUUUUUCGAGAUGGCGAAUGGCAGCACACCAUCAUCGAUGAUAAACUUUACACCAGAGCGCCCGACUACGACGAAGCCCAGGACGAGCGGGUGGUCUGGGACGACAUCAACCGCGUGGACAGCGCCGAGGAAUACCGCAAAGCCCACCUGACCGGCUCGAGGGCGCUGUACUUUGCGCAGUGCAGCGACGAAAACGAGACGUGGCUCCCGCUUCUCGAAAAGGCCUACGCCAAAGCCCACGGGGACUUUGCCUCGAUCGACGGCGGAUUCACCGGCGAGGCCAUCGAGGACUUGACUGGCGGCGUGACGACCGAGAUCUACAGCACUGACAUUCUCGACCGCGAGGCUUUUUGGCGCGACGAGCUCAUGCAGGUCGGCAAGAAGUUCCUGUUUGGCUGCGCCACGGGCUUCUACGCCAACUGGCUCGACACCACCGGGGCGCCGCGCGAACGCGAAGGAAUCUCCGAAGGCCACGCCUACAGCAUCAUGGACGCGAGGGAGAUCAAGGGCGAGAGACUCCUCAAACUCCGUAACCCCUGGGGCAAGAAGGAGUGGACGGGCAAAUGGAGCGACGGCAGCUCCGAAUGGACGCCCGAGUGGAUGCAGUUGCUGGACCACAAAUUCGGCAACGACGGCAUCUUCUGGAUCAGCUACGAGGACCUCCUCAAGACGUACCAGCAUUUCGACCGCACCAGGAUCUUUGGCGCCGAGUGGAACGUCACGCAGUGCUGGACCAGCGUCGAUGUCUCGUGGUCGGCCGAGUAUCACAGCACCAAGUUCUCCCUGACGCUGGAAGAGAAGGCGCCCGUGGUGAUUGUCCUGGCGCAGCUGGACGACACCUAUUUCGGGGGCUUGGAGGGCGGUUACGGAUUCGACCUGCAAUUCCGCCUCGAGUCCGACGACAGGGAGGACGAGAACGACUACAUUGUCCGGUCCAACGGCAACUACGCCAUGGCCAGAUCUGUCAGCACAGACAUUGAGCUGGAAGCCGGCACGUACUCGGUCCUGAUGAAGAUCACGGCCACCCGACACACGGACAGGGAACACGUCGAAGACGUCCUGCCCGUCUACGCCGCCACAAGACGCGAAAAGCUCAUCCAGAUGGGCCUCUCGUACGACCUGGCACACGCCAAGGGAGUAGCUGUGGAGACGGAGGCGGAACGCAAAGAUCGCAAAGACCGCGAGAGGGCUCGACGGGCGAAAGAAAAGGAAAAGAUGAAGGAAAAGGCCAAGGCCCGCGCGAAGAAACAUUGGGAGAGACAGAAGAAGAGACAUGAGCUGGAGAAAGAGAGAUUGGCGAGGAACAAGGAGAGGAAAGAGAGGAAGAAGCGGGCGAAUGGAAAGGCGGACGAAGAGCCUGUCGAGCGGAUUGUCGAGAGGCAGGGGACCUUUGACAGCAUGAUCAAUGAGAGUCCAGAGAGCAAGAAGGACACUCCAACAAUACAGAAUGGGCACGCCGACAAAGUGGGAGACUUGAACUUCGAACCUGAAUCCAUCGAGGUGCAGUCCUCCGACAAUGGGUUCGUCACAGUAACCGCAAAGGAACCUGCGGAGCUGUCCGAGGAGCCCAACCCGAUCCCUGUGUCUCCAAAGAAGCCAGCAGAAGAAGUCACCGCCAAUAAUGUCGUCCAGCCGCUGGAAGAAGUGAUCAAGGUUGCCGACACAGAAGAGCGCGACGGCAAGCCGGAAGAUCGUCCUGGCAAGCAACCCGCACUGCCCGAGGUCACCACAGCAGGGACCAGUGAUGCGCUUGUGCAAGUCGACGGCUCCAACAUCGUCACAGACGUCAAGCCAUUGUCGAAGUCGCCCCCACUGUCUCGCCCGGAGCAUGAGGCGUCCAAAGCCACCGUCUCAGGGAACGACACCACUUCUGUGAUCAAAAGACAGAGGGAUCCUCUAUCUAGCAUGUCGCACGGACCUCGCCAUCAAGCCCCCCUGCGCAGCGACACGUUCAACAGCACAGCCGUGAUGCUAGGGAUCGGUAGCGGCGCUGACGACCGAGAAUACGAGAUCCAAGUCAGAGACCUGGACAUCGACCGCGAAAGCGACGGCGGCCGGGACCCCAGCGACGACAGAGGAUCCGCGAAUGACGACGGUGCAGUGUCCGACACCGAUUCUUUCCCGCCGUUCGACUGGAACUCGGAACUCGACAUGUCGCCCUACAUCAGCAGCGACGCCGAGUCCGACACCUCGUCGACGGCCCCGGCCUUCACUCCCGGCCUGGGCCGAAUCAGCAGGCCCCAUGUCCGCCGUGGCCGGCGCCGCUCCCGCUCGCCGCUCCUCAACCCGGCCAUCGACAUCGACGGGCCUGGCCUGAAGCCGCCGGGCGGCGGAGCAGAGGACGACGGCGACGGGCCCAACGAGCCGUGGAACGCCGUCUGCGUGUUGGGUCUGAGAGUGUACUCGACGCUCCAGGCCGAAGGGAUCAAGUUGAAGGUCGUGCGGCCGAACGAAUAUUCCGACGACGACAACAACAACAAGGACCGCGGACACAAGCCCACCAAGGGGCCUGAUGGGAGCCACAACGCGGAGAAGAAGCCCGCCGCCCCCGACCCGACGUUGGACCCGGACGACAUCUCCAAGGGCGCCGUGGCCGCUGAGCCCGAGAGCACGGGCGCCGUGGUGGACGCCGAGGACGGGAAACGCGGUGCUAAGCACUCGGGAGACCGCAUGGCGUUGGGGAGUCGCAGCAGGGACUUGAAGCUGGGUAGCCGUCCUCCUGUGGAGGAGACAAUGGCGGCGAACAAGAGGAGGUCGAGGAAGGAGAUUCAGCUUCGGCGGAGAUGAGUUGCGACAGUCGAGGUCUGGGUAUGGCGUUGCUCCUCUUUUCAUUUCAUGUCUCUCAUCGCCGGUUUCCCCUUGCUCUCCUAUCUUUGCAUGGGCUCUUUGUCCAUGGUUGGACGGGUGGAUGGACUCGUCCGAAAAUGUUCCUCGCUGCAGGUGGUCACGAUGCUGAUGACGGGGAGAAGAUUGGGGUGCGAUGUGUUAUGAUGGGCCGGGUACGAUAUGGUGGGAAGGAUAGCUUGUGGGCUGUGGGCUGUGGUCUGUGGUGGGCUGUUUAUGUUCCGCGUUUCCUCCUCCUACUCCUUCCUUUACCUCGCGAUAUACCAACGACUCUGACGACUGCCUGACCUGACGACCGUGAUGACGCUACGACUCCCGACUUAUAAUUGACUUGUUUGCCUACUCGCGACUCAUCUCUCACAUGUCACCCCUCACUACUUACGUUUCACGACUCACGACUCACGACUCACGACGUCACUUAUCACCACCAUUUCGCACUUCCUUCUUACUGCGUGCUGGCGCUGGCAGUGGCAGCGCCGAUGGACCUCAGGAAGGCUCAGGGAUGAAGAGAUCUAUCUAUAGGCAGAGGCUGCACGGGGCAGCGCCGUACAAUAAUACCAUAUAGUCAGCUCCAAACGAAACCGAAAAUCACCUCAAUCGAUUGAGAUUCAGACGGGACCAAGACAGACACUGUAAGAUGUAUUCAUCUCCCUGGCAGGCUAGAGUUGAGUGGCUCUAAACUACACUGCACCCACCGGUAUGGGUC